GAAGAAGAUUCGUCGUUAAUGGCUUGAGCUGCUUGUGUCUACUUGUAACUUUGUGUUUCGUUUUAAUUCGUACAAGAAAGCAUAUAUCAGCGAGCUUAGGCACUGUGAAAUAAGGUAGAAAAGCGGAUUGCCCCUACACAGAUCAACAUUGCCAUAGCACAGCUAAUGUUUAAGAUUUACGGUUAUUAACAGUACUUCUUGAUCUGCAGUAAUGACGUCACUGGGUUCACAGGGGAGCAGCAGUUCAUCCUCAACGGAGUAUGUAGUACGGGUUCCAAAAAACACCAAUAAGAAAUACAGCAUAAUGGCCUUUAAUGCUGGUGAUAAAGUCAGUUGUUCCACAUGGACUCAGGCUCGUAUGGAGCGGGACAUGAGUAAUAGACGUAUAUAUGGUGAGGAGGAGACUCAAGAGGGGGCAGCAGGGAGUGAGUUUGGGAAAAAACAGAGAGAAGAAUCAAGGAGGAAGAAGUACGGCAUCAUUACAAAAGAGUUCAAGGUGGAGGACCAGCCGUGGAUCCUUAAGGUUAACGGCAAGGCAGGAAGAAGAUUCAAGGGUAUAAAAAAAGGGGGCGUCACAGAGAAUGCGUCCUACUACAUCUUCACACAGAGUGCUGAUGGUGCUUUUGAGGCAUUUCCCGUGCACGCCUGGUACAACUUCACACCGCAGGCCAAGCAUCGCACGCUCACAGCUGAGGAAGCAGAAGAAGAGUGGGGCAGGAGAAACAAAGUGGUGAACCACUUCAGUAUUAUGCUCCAGCGGCGUUUGCGAGAACAGGAGCGAGGAGGAGGAGGAGAUGAGGAUGAGGAGGAAGGAGAAAAAGGGGCAAAGAAAAAGAAGAAGGGAGGCAGAGGAGGUGACCUGCGAAUUCAUGACCUCGAGGAAGAUUUGGAAAUGAGCAGCGAUGAAAGUGAUGGCAGCAAUGGAGACGGUGAGGAUGAUGAAGCCAAGGCGAAAGCUAAAAAGGAAAAAGGUGCCAAAGGCAAGGGAAAGAAGAAAAAGAAAAAGGGCAGCGACUUAGAAGGAUUUGAGGACAGUGAUGAUGGUGACUUUGAGGGUUUGGAGGUGGACUACAUGUCUGAUGAGAGCAGUUCUGAAGAAGAAGAGCCAGAGAAGACCAAGCCCAAUAAGGCAGAGGAUGUUCCUAAAGGGAUUGAUGAAAUGUCUGAAAGUGAGGAAGAGAGUGAGGAAGAGACCAAGAAUGAGGAAGAGAAUAAGGAAGAGGAAGAGGAGGAAGAUGGGAAGAAGACGCCAGUGCAGGUGGAAAAGAAGAAAAAGAAAGACAGCAGUGGCGAGUCCGACAGCUCCGAGGACAGUGAUAUUGAAGGAGAGGCAGCGUCAGCACUGUUUAUGGUGAAGAAGCGCACACCUCCUAAGCGAGGAGGUGGCCGUGGCUCAGCAGGAAGUUCAAGAACAGGUAGUCGACCAGGCACACCAUCUAUUGAUAACGCUGCCACUUCCAACACUCUCCGCGCUGCUGCCAGCAAACUGGAGCAAGGUAAGCGACAAACGACUGUGCCAAGCUCAGAGACUCCAGCAGCCAAGAGAUUAAAGAUGGAGCCCAGUCCUCAGAGCUCCUCAGGGAAAAGCACACCGCAGCCAGCGUCAGGGAAAUCCACCCCCAGCGCCAGUGAUGUGAUGCUGACAGAGGAUGCGGUGCGCAGGUAUCUCAUCAGGAAGCCUAUGACCACUAAAGACCUGCUAAAGAAGUUCCAGACUAAACGCACAGGCCUCAGCAGUGAGCAGACAGUCAAUGUGCUCGCGCAGAUCUUGAAGAGGCUCAACCCAGAGAGGAAGAACAUCAAUGACAAGAUGCACUUCUACCUCACUGAGUGAAACUCUGAGCAUCCAUCACCAGCAGCCUGUCCUUCAGGAAUGCAGCUCAUUUUGGUGAACACCUGCUUUGUUUUGCUGUCAUUUUGCUUUUGACAGUCCAGUGUUUAAUCACAGUAGUUUUCAAACUGCAACUCAUUGAGUUAAAGCGGAAAAUACCGGAGGUCAAGAGUAAAAUGACAAAGAAAAUGUUGAAAAGAAAGAUAGCACAGUAAGUUUUUGUAUAUUGUAGACAUAGGAAAUGUGUGUUUGUAAAUUUCACAUUUAUGCAUCUUAAUGAGAGGCUGGUUAAUGCUUUUCCAAGAAAGAAAUUUAAUAAGGACUUUACUCAGAAAAUGAAUGCACAGAUGUGGCUUUUAUUACACACUCAUUUGUUCUCAUAGAUUUUUUUUAACUGGUUUAACAUUGUGCUGAUUAAAAAAACUGUAAAAGGUACCACAUUUGCUGGCGUUUCCCCUUUGUAGUACAUUAAAUUUGUUCUGAAAUAAA